AUGGGACCAUUCAUUCCACUGAGGCAGAAUCCUAGCGGCACCGAUAACGGCACAAACGAACGCUUGUCCCCCACCCGUCACUUUACCUCACCUCACCUCACCUUGCCUCACCUGGUGAGCACCUCGCCUCACCUCGACUCACCUCGACUCACCUCGACUCACCUUACCUCACCUCGCCUCACCUUACCUCACCUCACCUCGCCUCACCGUACCUCACCUUACCUCACCUCACCUCACCUCACCUCACCUCACCUCACCUCACCUCACCACACCUCACCUCUCCUCCUCUCCUCCUCUCCUCGCCUCGACUCGCGUCCGCUCUCAUCUCUGCUAAACCUGUCACAUCCGACCCGCAUCCUCGCUAUUUGCAGCUCGCAUCCUCGAGCUCCUCGAUGCAGCAUGCGUCGAGGCGAGCCUUUGCCCUCAUCGUAA